AGAAAAGUAUAAUAACAUCGCUUUAUUAUAUAACGCUCAGCGCCACAACAGACGAACGCAAACUGUGUUUUCCGCCGUUUAUUCUUCACAUUUAAACCACAUGGUUUACAUCGAGGCUGCAUUAUCGAUAAAUAUCUACACAGCGAGCGAAUCGAGAGAUAUUGGAAAUUUUGAAUAGUGGUUCGAUUUAAUUUGCUCAGGCGUGCAAAAUUCAAAGUGUCAUUACAUUAUUCUUGCGGAACAUUAUUGAGAAAUGAAUGAUCUACACAGAUACAACAUGGAGGGCAACCAAAAGAACAUGUUCGGACAGAAAACUGAUCAGAUAAUUCUUAUUGAUAAUGAAACGUAGGUAAUGUCAUAAUAACGUUUUCUCGGUGGUUGUCCACAAACGAAAUUCUGAAUCUAGUGUAAUGAAGAUGGCUGCCAAUACCAACAUAUUCAGCGAUAAGGAGACCAAUAACUGGUUCAAGAUGUGCGUAGCCCUCAAUAUUACGAAGGAAGGACUUAUUUACUUCGUUGAAGACACAAUGAAAAAGGUCCACGCUGCGCUUGGAAGCAGUUGUGGGCAAUGUAAUAUUGAAAAACUGUUGCCAUGCCCUACUCAGGGUCUGUGUAAUAUAAGGAAACGAAAUAGCUGCUCAUUCCACAAAUCACAUCUGCCCCAGCCAUGUCAAAGAUGCGAUAAAGUGAAACAUGGUAUAAUAUCAUAUCACCGAUUCAGUGGUCCUUCAUGGAAAAACAUUAAAGCACAAGGUUGGAAAACGGACUGGUGGGAAAUAGCAAAGUGUUACCUUCCUCCGCAAGGAUACGCUGAAGUGUCAUCGGUUCAGGAAUCAGACUUUAAUGCGGUGAUAAACAUCAUUUUAAACUGCACAGAUUUCCAGAAUUAUCUCUCCCCCUCAUGGCUUUCACCUCCGCCGCCUGACCCGCAAUGUCCGUUCGAAAAGGUCCGUCAAAUAGGCCGAGAUGUACGCCACAGUGCCAACUGCAAGACAACAGAUGCUGAACUUCAAGACUAUUUCCAGGCAUUGACCAUGCUGCUGGCAGAUUCAGUAUGUCUGGCACAUGAUCCGAGUGCAAAUACAGCCCUCAGUAGGCUAACUGAUCUUCAGAAUGACCGCCUCCCUCUGAAUGAAUUGGGCAAUCUGGUUAAAGAUUCCAUACAAGCAAUUGGGCGUGCAAAAGAUGCUGCUGAGGAACAAUUUUCAGAAAAGGCAAAACAAACUAUUGAAGAAGGAUUAAACAAAAUAAAGGAAGCAUUUAAGGACGGUGAACGAGUGCUCGGAACGAAAAUGGAUGAGAGUAUUCAGACGCUUUAUGACAAGACAGAAUAUUUUAAACAACAAAUAGGAGAUCAGACUUCAAAAGCUGAACAAACAAUAAAGACAAAGACAUGUGUCUCAAUAACACAGAUAGACACACUGACAAAAAGCAAUGUUCAACUUAUAGAAGACCACACUAAAGAUAGCAUGGCGCGCAUGCAACAUAAAGUUGCUGACAAAGUUGGAGAAGACUACCAAAGAGGCGUAGAAUAUCUUCGGUGCAGACUGGUGGACCAUUACCGCGACACCGUUAGCUACGUGCCUCUGUCUGCGUUGAAUCUUAGUCUCGAUAAGCACGUACAAGAUGUCUAUGUCAGUCCAAAAAUACAUAGGAUAAAAAUAGAGAAUGAUGGGAGACUCACAAAACGAGAGCGAAUUGUUUCGUACAAAGAUUGCUUCAGUGGUGGUGAUAAAUUAUCUAGACGUAUAUAUUUACAAGGCGAGCCUGGAAGUGGCAAAUCGACAUUUGCUUCCAAGUUAGUUAAUGAGUGGUGUAACAUACAUUUGCCUUCAACGGAAUCUACAAAAGAGAAAACGUUGUUAGUCGACUUUGAAACCCUGCAGAAAUUUAAAUUUCUCUUUUUCAUCUCUUUGCGAGAUUCAAGACAUCAGACGGAUGUAGUGCAGAUGAUCAAAACACAGCUUAUUGAUAAGAUAUGUGAGGGAGACGAACGUGAAGAAGCGAAGAAACUUUGUCUUCAAAUUAUGAAAAAUGAUAUAUGUCUCGUUAUUCAAGACGGUCUAGAUGAGUGGCCUGGUGAUGAAGCUCUACCUUCUAUGGCAGGAAUUCCUAAAGAAAACUGCAUCGUACUCACAACAUCUCGACCAUGGAAACUAAGUGAUGAACGUAUAAAAAAUCAUCAAAUAGAUAUUCUUUUAGAAGUUGAAGGUAUAAGCGAUACAGAAGCAUUUAAUGAAAGGAUACUACGAUGUUUACUUGACGAAUCAAUGGAUAUUAAAGAAAGCGUAAAGCAAUUCAACGAAUUCCUCAGGCGUCGCAACUUGCAGUCGAUAUCAUCUUCGCCUAUGCUGCACGCACUUGUCCUCUGUACCUGGGUAGAUGAUAGGGCUGAGUGUCUCACCGGAUCGUCACUAUGUGAUCUUUACACUACCUUACUUGACUGUCUUUGCAAAAAAGUCACCCCUGACAUGUGUUAUUUCAACAAAUUGUAUCCACCGCCAGUGAAAAACUUUGAUGGUACAAAAUAUUUAAAACCAAAUAAGGCUCACAUAGAUUCCAUUGCUAAAGCUGCGUUCUCUUUUUUGUUUUCAAAUGAAAGAGAGACAUCAAUAGUUUUUUCCGAUGUAAAAUUGUCAGACUUUUUGCUUCAAUCUGCAAAAGAGUUCGCACUAAAAUCUGGAUUAUUAACCAAAAGGAAAGCUAAAAGAGUUACUGAUACGACUUGUAGGUUUAUCCACAAAACUUUUCAGGAAUUCUUAACUGCUUAUCAUAUCGCCAACAAUGCAGACGCUGUGGAUGACGUCAUUUCCGGAUAUCUCAAACGCAACUCGGAUUCGUAUCUUGAUAUAUCUCAAAGUUCAUAUUCCUGUGUGGCUUGAACAUCUCGGCAGCGAAUAAACUAUCUGCACUGAUGAAUGAGCUCGACGUUGAUCGCAAUUAUCUGGGUACCUUCCAAAAAUUGAUCCUUUCCGGCUACAGGGAGGCUGUAGCCAACAAGAACACACCAAUUCACCUGCAUCUCAGUCACUUUAAGGUCAACAAUGAUAAUGAUGCUGAAGAGUGGUCUCACAUCUGGGCACUGAAUAAGUUACGUGCGCGAUCUUUAGAGGUAAUUAAUUUGCAUAGAAUUACGGUAUCAAUAUGUUCACGAGACGCGUUGUCUACUCGUUGUGAGGAAUCUGGGCAUGUUUCCUUGCCUGCGUGUGAUGAUCCAGGUCCAUCUACACUUUCACGAAAAGAUCUAGAAGAAUUCAGUUCGUCUGCAUAUUGUAUGGAGUUCGAUUUGUCGUGGUGUCACAACCUGGAACGGAUGAAUAUCUGGUGUAAUGGAACAGUGCAACCAAAUGCACUGAUGGGUCUUAAGAAGUUGAAAGAUUUGCAGUUACUUGGAGGUUGUAAAUGUGAAGCGCUUGACUUGUCAUAUCAUGAACAAACAGAAUCAAUUAAUCUCAGCGGUGGAGUAACUUUAUUACCACUGUCUGUUUAUAAUUAUAAAAGUCUUAAAUGUAUCAAUAUACAUGCAACUUAUGACGGACUGGAUUUGUCACUGUUUGAAAAUUUGUGUUCCAUAACAAUCAGCAAUAAGGUGAAAGUGUUACCAAAACGACCUCUCAUUCAUAACAAACAAAAACUGACUCAUAUUGGCUUAAUUGAUUUUUAUUUGAAAUGUUUUGACAGUAAAAACAGUUAUACAUGGUGUCUACUAAACGGCGAAGAUCCAGUACAGUUUGAAAACUAUACUCCAGUUCUGCCCUCUAUAUCACGCAUUGACUUGCAUGGAGUCACAUGUUCCACAAACUGGCUGCGCAGUCUGCUCAGAAUGCUGCUGACUCUCGAUCAUAGCGUGAGGUGUGAGCUGUCGCACUGUAUUAUAACUUCACUCGAUCAUGAGGUUACGGGUAGGCUGCCAGGCAGUAACAAAGGAUCAUUCGCCAAGGAUGCAGGCAGCAAUCCAGUUAAACGUACAUGCGUAAAAAUAGAUACAGAUUUAAGCAAUACGUGUGCAUUCGAAGCGAGCGACCUAAUGUGGCAAAACUGUCUAUGGGAAACUCUGCAGGGUCUGAAUGUCAAAAAUCUGAGUUUAAGGAAUUUGGAUCGAUUUUUUGUAUCAUGGUAUCGUCUACCUCCAUUGUCACGCUCACUAGCUUCCCUCUCACAGCUAGAAACGCUUAGAGUUUAUUUAUCUGAUUAUAUCGACCUUCUGCUUCCCCCGUCAUUGAAGCAUUUUAUAGGCUCUUUUUAUACAGUGUCUCCUUCGCAACUUCACGACCUUGUGAACAAUCUGUCUGCAUGGACUCCAUCAGUUGAGUGUAUAUUGGAAUUCUUUUGUAUUGAUGAAAUAGAUAUUAACUUGCCUCAGAAGAUUCCACCUGAGGAAUAUAUCCUCAUCAAACAGAAUCUCGAAGCACUGGAGCAUGUUAAAGUGAAACGAUUUCAAAUAUAUGAAUUUGCACUGAGCACUGAGACCUGGUCUGAACGUGACUGUGUUGGGGCUGAUGAUAAUGAUGUUGAUUGGGACUUAGGUUACUCGUCGUUGCCAAACCAAGUAUUAAUUGACGGCCUUUGUCGCAUAUCAAUGAGACUUCAGAUUAACUAUGUUAAAGAUCAAAACUUGACCAAAUGAAGUAAUGCAUGCGACUACACGACUGUAUACGAUAGACUAUCAGGAAAUACGAAGACUUUUAUUGUCAUUUAUGCACAGUAAUUUUUUUAAUACAAAAACUAAUGAACAUAAGUGUAAAUACCUUAAAUAAACGAGAAGUUUUUCUCCUUUCCUAUUUCUCAUCUAAGAUGACAUACGAUUAAAAUCAGUCACCACGGGCGUUCCGGAGCACGUCAAUUAAAGUUCAGUGAUGUUGUCGUCGCUUGUUUUGUAAUUACUGUUGGCAGAGCAGUUUUUGGUCUAUUGUGAUAAUGGAGAUUUUAACCCACCCACCCCGUCGAAAGGAUAGAAUUGGUGUCUGUCCAGGGAUGUUAGGGAUGUUAUUUAUGAUGUUAACUUGUCGUUCUCCUAUAACAAUAUGUAAUUUCAAGAAGAUAUUACAAGUAUUUGUUACAACAUGUUGUUUCAUACUUGUUGUGAUGGAAAUAAACGGAGUGCUCAGUUUA